GAAGACGCCAUAGAAGAAGAACUGGCAUUGUAAACAGAGAGAUAUGGCUGACGAGGGUGGCGGAGGAGACAACGUUAACAACAACAUGGGGAACCACCUGCAGCUGCUACCAGACAACGAGGAAGAAGAGGAGGAAGAUGACAUGGAGACUGAGGACCGAGACAGUGACGAGGCGGAAAAACCCAGCACCAUCACCUUUGACCCCAGUCUUCCCACAUCUCAUGCUUACCUGGGUUCAGACAUGGAGGAGUUUCACGGCCGCACGGUGCAUGAUGACGACAGCUGCCAGACCAUCCCUGUGCUGCCUCACACAGCCGUGAUGCUGGUACCGGGUCAGACGCUGCCCCUGCAGCUCUUCAGGCCACAGGAGGUCAGCAUGAUGCGCAGCGUCAUCCAGAAAGACCGAACCUUCGCCGUGCUCGCACACAGUGAUGCAGGCGAGCCGGAGGCUGAGUUUGGAACAACGGCUGAAAUAUAUGCAUACCGAGAGGAGCAGGAGUACGGCAUCGAAACUGUGAAAGUGAAGGCUGUUGGCAGGCAGAGAUUUAAGGUCCAUGAGAUCAGAACUCAAGCAGACGGAAUCAGACAGGCCAAAGUGCAGAUCCUGCCCGAACGGAUCCUUCCAGACCCGCUCUCUGCUGUGCAGCUGACGCCACUUUCAAGGCUCCACAUGUCCCCCUCCUCCAAACUCAGAGCUCAGAGCUGUAAACAGGCCCAGCGCUGGUUGAGCCAGCAGAGGAAGUUUCACUGUGCCAGCCUGACUCCAUGGCCUCCCUGGGUCUACUCUCUCUACGACUCUGAGUCGCUCAUGAACAGAGUGAAGAAGCAGCUCCACGAAUGGGAUGAGAACCUGAAGGAUGACUCACUCCCAACAAACGCCGUAGACUUCUCCUACAGGGUGGCUGCCUGUCUCCCCAUAGACGACGCUCUGCGACUCCAGCUGCUCAAGAUCGGCAGCGCCAUCCAGAGACUCCGCUGCGAGCUGGACAUCAUGGACCGGUGUACGUCGCUGUGCUGUAAGCAGUGUCAAGACACAGAAAUUACGACAAAGAAUGAGAUCUUCAGCUUGUCUUUGUACGGCCCCAUGGCGGCAUACGUCAACCCUCACGGUUACGUUCAUGAAACGCUGACUGUCUACAAAGCCAACAACCUGAACCUGGUCGGCAGGCCCUCCACACUGCACAGCUGGUUUCCAGGGUACGCCUGGACCAUCGCUCAGUGCCAGACCUGCGGCUCUCACAUGGGCUGGAAGUUCACGGCCACCAAGAAGGACUUGUCUCCGUCUCGCUUUUGGGGUUUGACCCGCUCGGCCAUGCUGCCCCGCAUCCCGGAGGGGGAGGACGAGGACGGCGGCAAAGGUUCUCGCCUCUUCUGCCUGUGACUUCAGACCGUCCGUUCCUCCUCUUCAAAAAUCGCCUCCCUACGCCCCGCUCUCCUGUCAGUGUCAAACUGCAAAUACUUUCUAACUUAAUAGUCAUCAGUGCAUCGUAACAGCUGCAACAUGUGGCAGAAAAUCCAUUGCAAUAGAAGAGGGGGUCUUUGAACGGCACUUUUCAGGGUCGAUUUCAGGAGGAUGGAUGGAGUAAUGAGAAGGAGACGAAGGCCGACUGCCUGAACAGACUGGGAACUUGUUCAACAUCCCUGCAUGCAGCAGCUGCACAUCAAGCUGUUUUCUCUCUGUACGAAUCAAUAUGGCUGAAGGUUCACACACCUACACACACAAAUAAACACAAAACGGUCGCUUCAUGCUUUACGGUCUCUACUGUUCUCUCCCUGCAGUGCAGAGUCUCAUCUGCAUGCAUCUGGCACCGCGAUAGCAGCCACUUUGUUUAGUGAACUUGUUGUAAUUUCAGCUGUUUGUCUGAGAUAUUUUAUCUGUCAUAGAGCAGCGAGGUUCGGCUCAGUAAAUUAGAAUAUAUUUGAACAGAGAUGCUGUUUCAGUAAUUCACUUAUUAUUCAUUAUGCACUGGGUUAUAUUUCAAGUGUUUAUUUCUGUAAAUGUUGAUGGAUUUAAUUUACAGCUAUUACAACAUUCAGUUCCUCAGAAAAUUAAAGUUAGGUGGAAAUGGAUUUUUAAUGCAGAAAUGUCACUGUACUGAAAAGUCAGGGCUCCUUUUGUAUGAAUUACUGAAUUAGUGCACCAUAAUACGGAGCUGCUGGGUCUUCAGGAGGCUCGGGUGGACUGGGGGAAGAGUAAAGACUUGGUUACACGUAUCCUUUUUUUUAGAGCAGAUAAGACACUUCUGAUGUUGCCUAUGGUUCAGCACAAAGAGUAAGUUCCAGAUGCCUCUUCACCAUUUCCCCCAAACUAUUCACAAUCCUUUCAACGCUGAAGUUAUCCCAGUUGAUUUGUGCACAUUUUUCACAGUUUUUCUUUCCACCUAACUUUCCAUUAAGAGACUCGGAUACAUUGCGAUAUGAUCGGUCAGAUACUUUGGUUUUUUAUUCUCUAUGAUUGUGGAAAUCUAUAUUGUGACCAUAACAUAUCUGUUUAUAAAUAGUUUUUUUUCCUUGACUGUAUGUAAUGUUUAAAUUUUCUGGGUUUUUUUUUUUUUAACUGAAAGCCACAACCAUCAAAAUUAAAAGAAAUGAACACUUUAAAUAUAUUAGUGUAAUGAAAAGGAGUUUCACCUUCUGAAUUCGAUUAUAUGAAAUAAACUACAUUUUCAAAGAUAUUCUAAUUUAUUAAGAUGCAUUCAUGUACGUAUAGAUCUGUGAUAACAGACUAUUUUUGAAAUGUUAGAUCUGAUGUAUUUUUGUAUGCAAGAGUUUUUUUGUUGUUAUUUUUUCCAGGAUUAAUUUAAAGUUCUUGCUGAUGUGGGGAGGAACCGUGCAGGUAAUUAUCACAGCCAUGUUUUCUUGUUUAACCAAACAAAAACCGAAGGGUAAUAUCAGAGAUGAUGAUGACGAUAAUGUGUAAUAUACUUGAUCAAAUCUGCUGGAUUUGCAUUCAGCAGAGGCUGUUUGUCUCGUCUGAGGGUAUGCUUCACGAGGCGGCCGUUAUCUCUGGUGCACAAGUUGAGCGUCAGAUAUGUAUCAGUGCCUCAGGGCGGACUGUUUGUAAAGGUCAGAGCUAAUUAAGACGGAGCGUUCGCCCUUAUUCAUUCAUUUUGUUCAUGCCGUGUGGCAUGUUAAAAAUCCGGUGCCUAUUCUAACAGCUCGACGUUCCUUUUGUUGCUUUGGAAAAUCUGUGAACCGGUCCUGAACACGAGCUCAUAAACAGCAACCCGGCGAUAAGAUUCACGGCUUAUUGUUUCAUAGUUUCUGGGUUCUCUCACGUUUGUUUUCCGUCAGUUUUUGCAGAAAACUGCUGGGUCUUUCUCUGUAUAAACAUGUUAGUUGUAUUAAAUGACUGUUAUUCUAA